UACAUUAUUAUAUUUGUGGACAUCAAAAAAUCAAAGACAAACGCUUCUGAGCAAAAUAUUUGAAUGGAACAGUUUAGGAUUUUAAUAUCGUUUUUUUUUUUAGCUGAUCCUUCAGGCUCUCCAUAUACAAAUAAGCAUCAUGAGUUCACCUAUACGCGAGACGAUCGCUCUUGUGCCGACUCGGACUAUUACAAUAUCAGACACGGUACCAAAAAGAGCUGAAACAACUGGACCCGAUGAUGAGGUGGAGAGUUCUGUUUGGCCGGGCAUCCGUGAGACUGUUUUCAAUCCCCUACCUGCAGGCCAGCCAUAUCCCGAAACUUACCCUCGGCCUUUCCGAAGUCCGCGGGAGCGACCUGCACAUUAUCUACCGCUGGAUCGAAUCCAUGAAAACGGACAUCCGGAUAUAGCACGCUUCACAACAGAUGAGUUCAAGGAAUUUCAUGAGUACCUGACGAAAUCUACCGAAGAAGGCCGAAGUUUCCAAGGGUCUGGGAAGAUCGACCUUGAAGACAUUGCGAAUAUCCAAGAAAAGACCCUGGAAAGCCUGGAAACAGCAAUAUUUUUAGAACGUUUUGAUACUCUAUUGUCCCUUUGUGAGCUGAGCAAUCUACGAGAUAAAAAGUGCGUUGACUUCUUUACCAAAGAAGAUUUCACUGGAAUCUUUACAUCUAUCUUGGAUGAAGUCAAGGAUGAAGUGAUACCAGAAGAUUCAUUCUUCAAUGAUCAGAUCAAUCACCCAGGCUUCUAUAUCGCUUUCAACCUCCUCAUUGACGCCGCCCAACGCUUUACUGAGAAAAGCCCCAAGCUCUGCCGCCAGAUGGGCCACACGGUUGUGCCAUUAAUCCUUGAACUCGUAAGCAAUACCUUCUACGACCUUGAGGCCUUGAACCGCGACGACGAAGAGCUCAAAUGGAUGUCGAGGAGGGAGUUACUGAAGAAGAUGUUUACCUUGCUCUACAAUUGCAUCAGAAACCAUCCUAACAACAGAGCGUUUUUUCGCCGGAGCAGGGCAUCGGAACUACUCAAGCCUUUCUUGGAUUGCCGAUUCUACAUUUUGCGUGCAAAGGCGCUCUUCAUUCUGGCCUACAUUGUGACUGAAGAGGAAAAUAUUGAUCUCAAUACGACGAGUCUUAACAUCGAGUUCAUUGUCAAGGUCCUUCGUAGGGCCCUGGAAGACCCUUCCCACUACUCCGCUCACUAUAACUUCUUCGCCGUUGAGGUGGUGGAAGCUAUACAGAGAGUAGCGGCAAACGACCAUAACAAGGAUAAAUUCAUCGAGGCUGGUGUCCUUCCUCACCUUGUUUACAUGAUAGACGAGAAGAAUUCUAAGGAAGAACGCAACACCGCUCUCAACGCUUUGUGGGUGCUUUCAUUUACAGCACAUAACAAGGACGCCAUUUUUAAUGAGAAAGGUUGCAUCGAUAACGUGCGAGCUUGCAUCGGCGUUGAUGAUUAUACCCGAGCCUGCCAAGCAAUCCUAUGGAAUCUUCAAGACCAAGUCAUAACAAGAUCAGAAGUGAAGAAGGAAGAGGAUAAAGAUGACAAACCGGAAGAGAAAGGUGGAGAAUGCAACGGGUCAAACAAUGGGUUGGCGUCACCCGAGACCUCUAACCCGGAAGUAGACCGCAAGAUAACCCCAAAACUUUCUCACGUGAUGAUCAGCUACCAAUGGGAUGUCCAGAAACAGAUACUAAAGGUCAAGGACAUUUUGAAAGCGCUUGGAUUCAAUGUGUGGUUGGAUGUGGAGAGAAUGGGAGGCUCAACCUUAGAGGCGAUGGCGAAUGCCGUGGAGGAAGCCUGUGUAGUUAUCAUCUGCUUCUCAGAAAAGUACAAAGACAGUCCUGCUUGCCGAACAGAGGCAGAAUACACGUACAAGCUACGCAAGGCUAUCAUCCCUCUGAAAAUGCAGACCGGCUACACUCCCAAUGGUUGGUUGGGCGCCAUGUUGGGGAACAAGUUAUACAUGCAGAUGAACACGCUGGACUUGGUCCAGGAAAACAUGUCACUUCUGGUCCGCGAAUUGGCCGACAGGGGGCGCUAUCCGUCCGAUGAGGACCAAGACGUUGACGGUGUCUAUAUUCCAGCAGCCAAUCAUUACAUGCAGCCACCUUCUCCGCCUUUCGUGCCGCCACGACCGGGCGCUGGUCCAUCGAUGUCCCGUGGUGAUUCACGUAAUUACUCACCGCGUUCAAAGAUCCCAGUGCCCAUUGGUCGACCGGGUUAG